UCAAAGCUUACAUUCAUAUUCAAGUGGUCCAAAUUAGAAUCUCUAAGGAAAUCAACACAGAAGCAGCACAGCACAGUACAGACAUAGCUAGCUAGCCCUUGAACAAUAGCGUACAAGGGAACGAGAAAAGGAGCAAGAAAUCUAAAUCAAAGCCGUCGUCAUGGAAUGGAAGAAAUAUUAUUUGGAUUUGAUGUUGGUGCCUUUAGGAAUUGUGAUAACCAUUGGUUAUCAUGUUUGGUUAUGGCACAAGGUUCGUACCAGUCCCUUCACCACCACCAUCGGCAUCAACGCUCAUGGCCAACGCUUCUGGGUUCCAGCCAUGAUGAAGGACAUGGACAAGAAGAACAUCAUAGUAGUGCAAACCCUACGUAACCUGAUAAUGGCAUCAACUCUCAUGGCCACCACAUCGAUCCUCCUCUCCGCCGGCCUGGGCGCCGUCAUAAGCAGCACCUACGGCGUAAAGAAGCCUCUCAACGACGUCGUUUACGGGGCACACGGCGAGUUCAUGUUGUCGCUAAAGUACGUGACAAUACUCACCAUCUUCCUCUUCUCAUUCUUCUGUCACACUCUGUCCAUUAGGUUUCUGAACCAGAUCUGCGUCCUGGUGGCCAUCCCACAAGAUCUAAAUUCCAUGAUGACUCCACAGUACUUAACAGAGCUUCUGGAGAGAGGAGUGAUAUUAAACACUGCGGGGAAUAGGCUUUUUUACUCAGCACUUCCACUUCUUCUUUGGAUUUUUGGGCCUGUUCUGGUUUUCUUGUGCUCCAUGGCCAUGAUUCCUGUGCUUUAUAACCUUGACUUUGUUUGUACUGAGGGUAACGGCGGGAAAGUGAAAGCGGACUUGAAUGGAACAAGGGACGAUGGCGACUAUGUUUGACUGAUGCCAAAGAUAUAUGCGUUUGUACGUAAACGAGAAAUUCUUAAUUAGACACCUUCGAUUUAAAUCCAUUAAUAUGAAUGGAUCAAUGUAUAAGCACACAUGUUUAGAUAAGUUUGCCUAUGCUAUGUUUACAAGCGUGUUUGGUUUCAUGUUGAAUUAAAUGGGAUAUUUUAGACUUAGUUUGGUCUGUCAAAUUUUGUUAAGAUUGGAUUAUUGAUGGCUUUAAGAUA